CGCUGCCGAAGGCUGUACGAUAUAGCGAAUGUACUGGUUGCACUGGGUCUCAUCAAAAAAGUUCACUAUCUCUUUGGAACCAAGAAAAUUCCACUAUUCGUAUACUGUGGUCCCGAACCUGACGAGAACUCCACGUUUGACGUGAACGCAUGCAUUGAACGACUUUUGGCAUCAACAGCUUCUACCCCACUCACACCUCAGAUGAAGGCAACCACGGCGGCAAUGCAACAAUCGCUCUCACUGGGUAAGCGCAGCACCUCCGAGGCUAACUUGCAGGUGCCUACGGCGAACAAAAUUCCCCGCAUCAAAUCAGAAGACUUCAUGUCGCAAGCGUCAUCAUCGCUGAUGAUGUUUGCUGAAUUGGCAGCAGAACGGCUUCGUCAAGAGACUGAACUUCGCCAGCGUCCAUCGACUGCGCAAGAAACAAAACCAAUGACCAGCACGUCAACAAAGCCUCCCGCCGUACCAUUGGCUAGGACGAGUAGCGGCCAUGCUCUUCCGAAACCACAAGCGCAGGCAACCACGGCGGCAAUGCAACAAUCGCUCUCACUGGGUAAGCGCAGCACCUCCGAGGCUAACUUGCAGGUGCCUACGGCGAACAAAAUUCCCCGCAUCAAGUGA